AGGGCAUUUGAUGAGGGAAGAGUUUAUGAUGUGCUUCUAUUUGGUUCACUGAUCACACGCAUUUGCAUGAAGAAGGGUGAUAUUGCCCUUGAUUCGGAUCAAUUGAAGUCCCCAAUGAAGCCAUCUGGGAAGGGGACCAUGAGACAGAGUGCUUCACAUGCGAGGUUGGUCUUCACCCCUGUGGAUGUAAAGGUCGAGUGA